AGUCAUUCUGCGCUUAUACUUACUACCGUAGCAAUAUUUGAGCUCGACGUCAUGUUCUGGUGAGAAUAAGCGUUAUGUCCAAGGCACCUGCACCCCACCGCCGCGCAGGCAUUCCUGCCGCAUCGACACCACGGCCCAAGCCACAGCUCACCAUCGAGGAAUGGGAAGCCAAAGCACCGCUCAGUGACCUGGCACUCAAGAGCGUCGCGGCGGUCAAAGCUGCCAGCGAGAAAACACCUCUCCCGCUCAAAUUUAGCGUCGAUGAGGACGAGUCUUCACGUCCAUCUACACCCAAUCUACGAGGGAAACACGCAUCGGUGUCACGUCCCUCAACACCGGUGCCAGCAUUUACUCGCCAGUUCGCCAGUCACGCGCUCCAUCCGAAGCAGCCCGUACAAACGCCCCAACAGUUCUAUGACUGGUUUGCGCAGAUCGAUAGGUCUGUAGCACAUAGCCAGGAAGCGCACUUCCGCGCUCAUGUCGCGGUGGUAUCGGAACACCUGAACACAGCGGAUACACUUAUUGAGCGUAUAGAUGAGGUUGAUAGGGAGGUUGGUGGGUUGCUUGAAGGCUGGCGAAGCGUGGAGGAGGGCGGAAAGAAUCUGAAGGACGCAUGCGAGCGGCUGCUGGAGGAAAGAGACAGGCUCAUUGAACUCACGGAGGAAAUCGGAGCCAGGAUCGAGUACUUCCAAGAACUAGAACACGCAACGCGCAUGCUCAAUCAUCCUGGAGAGUCCCUUGUCCUUCAAACCGACUUCUUGUACAUGGUAGAACGUGUAGAUAUCUGCAUAGAUUAUCUCAAGGCUCAUCGAUAUUACAGAGAAGCGGAGGUAUACCUACUCCGCUUUCAGCAGUGUAUGACGAGAGCCAUGACGCUCAUCAGGAUGUUUUUCGUUGGGUCGUUAAGGGCAUUGACUUCUGAUGUUUCCAGAAGACUGGCAGAGAAGGAAAGCUUGUUUGUUGCUUAUACUUCGUCUCUUAACACUGCUUUUUUUCAGGAUGUGUCUUCGACAGCACAGAUGCAUUUGCUCUACACCAGGUUCCGUAGUGUCACUUCUCAGCUUGCUCCUUUGCUCAGCGAGUUAGAGCGUCGCGCCGAGGCUCACCCAGAUGACUUGUCGGCUCUGCUAUCAGAAUGUCAUUCUGCUUAUUUUGCAGCGCGCAAGGGUUUGUUGGUGGGACGCUUGAUGGAAGAAAUACGUGGGCUCGACCCAGCACAUACUGAACUAGUUGAAUUAACGAAUUCCGGUUGCAGUUACCUAAAACACCUCUGCACAGAUGAGUUCAAUCUUUACCGAGAGUUCUUCAACUCUGGCGAGGACCAGCUCUACACUUAUCUUGAGAACUUAUGCGACUACCUUUACGAUGACUUGCGUCCCCGGAUAUUGCAUGAGACUCGCCUCACCACUCUCUGCGAAGUAUGCACGGUACUUCAAGCUCUGAUGGUCCUCGAUGUGGCGGAGUUCCCAGAGGAACCGUCUGAAGGCAACUUAGUUGUUGAUUUUGAUCAGCCAAAGCCCAAAGGUCUAGGGCAACUGCAUAUCAGUCACCUUCUGCAGAUGGUCCUCCAGGAUGCACAAACUCGGUUGUUCUUCAAAGCGCAGUCAGUAAUUCAGGCAGAUAUUCGAUAUUACACACCGAAACCAGAAGAUCUGGCUUAUCCUGAUAAGCUUGUUGCUGCACGGAAGCCUGUUUCUCAGUACGAAAUCAUGGAAAAGGAAAGUGUGAGCCGACUCUUCCAGUUGCCUUCCUUAGACAAGAAAGAAACGUGGUUUCCGACCUUGCAAAAGACGGUAUGGGUAUUAUCUCAACUGCAUGACUUCGUCAAGCCCGCUAUUUUUGAAGAUAUUGCGCACGAGGCCGUGAGCCUUUGCCGUCAAUCGCUAGUCACUUCGUCCAACUUUGUUGAACAGAGAAGUUCUACCGGCGUGCUAGAUGGCCAACUAUUUCUCGUUCGGCAUCUCCUCAUUUUGAAGGAGGUUGCGAACAAUUUGGAUUAUACCCCGAAAGAUACAGAGCCGAGGUCUGAUAUAGGCAGUAUGACAGAUACCUUGGCAUCGGUUCUGAAUCGCACGACUGCAUUGCUACCAGAUGCUCUUUUCGCUUCAUUGGGAAUGCCCCGAGGACAUGAUACCCUUUCGGACUCUCGACAUGACAUAGACCAAGAUCUGAAACGUGCCUGCCAGGAAGUCAUCUCGUUUUGUGCAAGAUUGCCCUGUGAGCCUCUGCGAGAGUGGGUGGACCGCGUGCGAACAUUCAACGACACCCGCGUAGCCUUCUCGGCAGGGCAACAGGCUCCACUCCUCACGGAGCAAGACUGGGCAAAGCAAGCCAUCGCAGAGAAUCUUCAUCAAGUUUUCGUGGAGGCUUGCGAACGGGAUCUGCGGUCAUUCGUGACGAAGCUGCGGCUGUACCUCGAAGAUGAUCGGACGGUGUCGGUGCUGGUCACACAUAUAGAGGAGUCGAUCAUUGAUGAUUACAUCAAGUUCCGAAAUGAGGUAUGGAACAUGUAUGCGGGGGCGAUGAAGACUAUCGUGUUUUCGCAGGAUGGCCUGCGGGAUUAUUUGAAGAGUAUAUGUAAUUAACGUCCGCCGUACUGUGUAGAGCGAAAGUUGUCCGUAUCUGACCUUGACCAUCAAGA